AUGACCGCCCUCUCCGAAGUCCUCGCCUACGUCGCUGGCAUGGAAUACGCAUACACCAAGGCCCCCAAGUCCAUGCGCAGCAUCGUAUCAUCUAUCUUCCUCCUCACCUGCACCGUCGGCUCGAUGCUGGGCAUUACACUCUCCCCCGUCUCGAAAGACCCCAAGGUGCUUGUAGAAUACGCCUCGUUGAGCGGCGUCAUGCUCGCUACAGCCGUCUUGUUUCUGCUCGCCUUCGGGAAGUACAACAGCAUAGAGGAGAAGAUGAACAUGCUCAAUAACGAUGACGGGGACUCUACCUCUCUGAGUGAGUCGGUUCAGCAGACCCAGCCAGCCGAGAAUUCAGCGAAAGGUUUGCUGAGUAGUGAAAUUCGGUAG